GCGCUCCCCUACGCGAUGGUUGGGGCCAGAGGCCACGCCCUCUGGCUGCCCUCUAGUCUUUCGGUCCUCUGCGGCGCGAGCCCCCGAGUCCAUCUCUCUUUCCCCUUCUGGCCCUUUUGGGCUUCCUCUCACCGCCUUUCCACUCGGCCCUUAUCUAGGCGAUCCCCGACUCCCUUCUUCAUGGCGUCGCUUCUGUGUUGUGGGCCCAAGCUGGCCGCCUGCGGUAUCGUCCUCAGCGCUUGGGGAGUGAUCAUGUUGAUUAUGCUUGGAAUCUUUUUCAACGUCCAUUCUGCUGUGCUAAUUGAGGACGUUCCCUUCACGGAGAAAGAUUUUGAGAAUGGCCCGCAGAACAUAUACAACCUUUACGAGCAAGUCAGCUACAACUGUUUCAUCGCUGCAGGCCUUUACCUCCUCCUCGGAGGCUUCUCUUUCUGUCAAGUUCGGCUCAAUAAGCGCAAGGAAUAUAUGGUGCGUUAAAGCACGAUCGCGUUUACCCUCUUCGACCCCCUCCUCUAUUUAAAGACUCCCCACUCCCUCUCUUGACCCUCCAUUAUGGCGCCCUCUGCGAGACGUGGUUUCCCUGAAGAUUGAAACCCUUCUUCUCUAAUCUCUGGCGCCCGGCCCCCGUGGAGGGAGGCUGGGGCUGGCUGUCACCUGUUCCUCCGGCCCCCUCACCUUGUCCCGUACCACAAUAAAGAGAAACUGCUCUCA